AUGGACGUACCCGGCGUGACUAGCGAGCAAGCGCAAACGAAUCAGGGGACAACAAAGGAACUUGAGGAAGACCACAAUGACCUCUUAUCGCUAACUAUAAAUUUAUGGGGGGAUGAAACACGAGGGCAGCAAGUUACACUCUGGAAGGGCAACGACAUACGUUCACAGACCGAGUUCUGCGUCCCCUCUAAGGACACAACCAUAGAGGUAAUCGAUUUUUGUCUGGAUAUAUUUUUCAAGAUUAACCGAAUAGUGAAACAGGGUACGGAUAUCAAGACGAUUUUAAACCGCUUGAACGGAACCAACGCGCUUCCUUCGAAGUCAGAAAUUCAGGUUUUCGACGCAUACCGGAAAACUUGCCGAGACAAAGCGGCGAUCGUGAAUUCAGAAUGUGAAGAGCUACAAUCGGAGAUUCUGGGGCUCUGUGAAAAGCUUGCAAAACUGGGUUGCAAGCGAAAACAGUAUCUGGAUCAAGCCGCGUUCUAUUCUUCUUUUCAUGCCCCGAUUCGACGUCUACCUCCAGAAUUACUGGCUGAAAUAUUUGCUUAUACCCUACCAGAUAAUCGAAUCCCAGACCACAGGCUUUCGCCUAUGCUCCUAUGCCAAGUAUCUACCUCCUGGCGCCAAGUAGCCCUGACGCAUCCAGAGCUGUGGGAUGGUAUACAAUCUCCCCUCGCUGUACCGCGCCUUGAGAGCGCAAUUUCGCCUCCAGAAGCGUUCGCAAAGGUUAUGGAAAUGUGGUUCGCGCGCUCCCACUCGCGUUUGAUUUCCCUAUCACUGUGCUUUCGACAAUGGCGUCUUCUGCACACGCAAUCAUUUGCGCCCUGCAUUGCAAACACCAUCCUUCGUUAUACCCACAGGUUUAAAGAUCUUGCGGUGGCUGUGGUGACAAGAGAAGAAUUCGAUUCUUUGAUUAGUAUUCCCCACGACCAGUUCAAAGCCCUCGAAACACUAUCCUUGUGCAUCCAACAUCCGUCGGAAUAUGAUUGGCCAGCCGAAAAUCCAAUCAAGGUGUUUCAAUCUUCUCCCCUCCGCAAGGUUUCUUUGGAUAUCAACCCGCCAGAACUUUCUUCGCGCAUUCUCCUUCCUUGGGGUCAACUGACUCACCUAGACAUUCUAGAUAGUCAUCGAAUGUUGUCCAUUACGGAUUGGAGGGGCGUGAUGCAACGCUGCACAAGCCUCACCGAAGCGUCUUUCUCUGUCGAAGGGCCCGCAGAGGAGGGCGUUGAUCCAGGGAUUCAACUUGGAACAACUACGAAUUUCGAUCAUCUUAGGUCAUUACUUCUGGUGGUUUACGCUCCUGGGGAUCUAGGCAGCCUCUUUCGAGGUUUUUAUGUUCCAACGCUGGAGCAUCUCCACCUCUUCACGAGUUUCGCUUUUCAUUGGGAACCUCUUCCCCUCGGUUGCCCCAUAAACACAUCUACACUUCGAACUCUCACUCUGUCCGGGAUCACUAUCCCCUCGGAAAGCCUCUUCGCGGUCUUGCGCAGUGCAGAUCGAUUGGAAAUCUUGAAACUUAGCCUCGAAGAACAAAGCAACGUAUUACCUGGCCAAACCAACAUCAUGUUUCUCUUAGUCGAAGCAUUGACCAUCACUUCCGAUGUCUUGAUAGACGACCCCAUUCUUCUUCCACAUCUGCAAACCCUCCUGACAUUUCAUGCGAACUUGGAACAUUCUCCCUCUCCAGCGCUAUACGCUUCCAUGAUCAAAUCCCGAACCACUUAUCCGAGCCUUGAUUCUAUGGACGCUCCCAAAGUCGAUGUCCAGGAGUUGAAGCUUGUCCUGUGUUUUAAAUCGCACACUGUGGAUGUUCAUGAGCUGACGCCGAACAUAUUGCGGGCGUUCGAUCCUCCCGAGUUUGCGCAACGUGUGUUAGAAAUCAAGGUCGUCCCCCGAGGCGAAAGAUUUUGA